AUGAGCUCUAGGACUUUGACGGGGCUAAGGACUGCAAAGUCCUCGCGACUCAAGCAAAACAAUGCUUCUUUGAACAGCAGCAGCAGCCAACCACCAGUUUGGUGUCCUUCUACAAGGAGAAAUAUCUCGUCUACAACCCAACGACGAGUUCAGCAGAGCGCCGAGUUCUCGUCCAGCAGUCGGAGCUAUGAGCGACUGGGCCGCCGCGCCAAGGAGAAGUUGCUGGAUCGGGACUUCUUUCUUAGUUUGUUGAACUCCGCGUCGACGAAGCGAGAAGCCAAGUCUUACCUUGCUCGUCUCAAGGCCCAGCACCAGAUUAGCGCAAACCAGGCAGCACCCAAAUCCCUCGUGACAGAUGUGAAGAUCCCCUCUGCGGCUAUACCCUCAUCAACCGGGGUCAACCUGGGUUCGUUCUACGGUGCCUCCCGGUCGGUCUACGAGUCGCCGGUCUUUAUCCAUGAUACCACCCCUAGUCCCCCACCGCCGACCAUCACCCAGCGGCUCCAUCUGGCCCUGAUCAAGAUUACCACCCCGCAACUCCUGGACGAUUACACAAUCAAUGGCGUGGCGAAAACCUUGUCCCAGCUGAACCGUCUGGGGAUGGCAUGCUGUGUAGUGGUCGACCCGGGCGCGGGCGAUGAUCUCAAUGCGCUGCGGAAGAUCGCUGCAGAGCAGGCCGAUCGGCUGUCGUUGGCGGUCGACGCUCAGCCGGAUUCAAAAUCUGCCCACAUUGACUCGGUACUGUCUAUCUCAACGACGAAGCCACCGGCUCUAAAAGUGUCCUCGCGGAAAGUGCUGCUUGGCCCGUUGCGGGAUGGCCAGAUUGUGGUUGCGGCCCCUGUCGCCUACACCGAGGAAGUGCCCCGGGCUGUCGCCGUUACUGGCAACGAUGCCAUCCUUGCAUUGGCAAAGGAACUUGCGGGACUGGCGACGGUGCCUGAUCCUGAUGAAGAUCCUCUGCUCACGGCUCAGAGGAUCAAGGACCUGCAGGCAGAAGUUUCUCUGGAUCGUGUCAUUCUCUUAGAUCCUCUUGGGGGUAUUCCCGCGCUCAGUGGCCCUCAGUCGUCCCACGUCUUCAUCAACAUGGAGCAAGAGUUUGGCGAUAUCCUACAAGAGUUGCGUCAAGUGCGGCAGUCCGCAUUGUCGGCAGAGAAGACCCCCCCUGCGGGACAACCCGACUGCCCGUCGAUUCCCGCUUUAGAAGCGAGUGCUAUCGAUGGCCAUCUCGAGAACUUGCGGCUAAGCCAAGCGGCACUCGCAUUGCUACCAUCGGCCUCUUCCGGAAUUAUCACUUCGCCUCUCGAAGUCGCAAAUUCAGCUCAAUCCUCUCACGGUCUUGCGCCAGAACUUUCUGCGGUGGGUACGCGUCGGCAGCGAAACCCUCUAAUCCACAAUCUCCUAACCGACAAACCUCUACUUUCUUCAUCUUUGCCUCUGAGCCGCCGUGCAGCUAUGCACGGACGCCCAGCCUCUGUUACUACACCCGGCCUACAUACAACAUUUGUCAAACGAGGCAUGCCUCUGACUUUGAUCCCGAACCCGCGAGUCCAGGUGUGGACUGCACAAAAUCGCCCGCAGCUGGGAUUGGACGACCCAUGCAUCGACCUUCCGCGCCUGGUUCAUCUGAUUGAAGACUCCUUCAAUCGCAAACUUGAUGUGCAGGACUACCUGAACCGUGUCAAUGGCCGUUUGGCGGGGCUGAUCAUCGCUGGAGAAUAUGAAGGAGGAGCCAUCUUAACAUGGGAGCUGCCGCCUGGGGUCGAGGAUGAUGGAAGCGAGGCGAGUCAGGCACGCAUGGUUCCCUAUUUGGAUAAGUUCGCGGUUUUGAAACGCAGUCAGGGCGCGGGAGGUGUGGCAGAUAUUGUGUUCAACGCGAUGGUGCGGUCCUGUUUCCCGAAUGGCGUGUGCUGGCGCAGCCGCAAGGACAACCCGGUGAACAAAUGGUAUUUUGAGCGCUCGCAGGGAACGUGGAAGCUGAACGACACCAACUGGACCAUGUUUUGGACAACGCCUGGAUUGGUGCAGGAUUCGCAGAGAUUCCAGGACUACGAAGGAGUGUGUCGCAGCAUUCAACCGAGUUGGGCGGAUGACAUUGGGGUGGUUGACUGA